CAAAUUAAAACUGUCAAUUUCAAUCUUGAUUUGUGUGGUUUUGUUUCGUCGAGUUUUGAUAAUAUUUUUAUGGAAUAAUUUAAAUAGAAAUAGAGAUGGGAGACUCUCUUGCCUCUUCAAGAGCCAAAAGGCAAAAAGUUGAUAAAAACGGUAGAUUCUCUGCAUUAGAAAAGCUAAAACAGCUUAAAGGUAAAGGGUCUAAACACAAAUAUGACGUUGACGAAAUGGAAAAUGUUUAUGAUACAGUGGACGAAAAGGAAUACCAUGAUCGUGUAUUACAAAGACAAGAAGAUGAUUGGAUAGAAGAUGAUGGCACUGGCUAUGUGGAAGAUGGUAGAGAAAUAUUUGAUGAUGAUGUAAUUGAAGACACUUAUGUUGCUUCAAAUGGCAAAGAAUCUGGUCGGGGCACAAAAAGAAAAGCCCGUCUGGCUCCACAAACAAAUAUCAAAGGAAAUAUAAGAAAUUUACUAGGAGCUAUGCCCGUUAAGAAAAAAGAGGAUGUAAAAAUCUCAGAUGACAAUAUUCUAUCUGACAUCAUGUCUGAUUUGGAUGGUAGUACAUCAUCCACUGUUAUCAAACCAAAACCUUUACCUGUUAAUAAAUCCAAUGUAAAAGAUUCUAGUAAGAAGGAAGCUCAAAAUUAUUUCAAAAGUCUUUCUACAAGUGUAAAGAAGCCAGUACCAGUUAAAAUAGAGGAUGUUAAAGAAAAAGAAGAUGUAAGUAAAAAAAAUAACAAAGUAAAAUCCGUUGAAAAGAAAACAAAUGAAAACACACAUACCAAUGUUCAUAUUAAACCAAAACCAAAGAAAUCCGAAUGGAAUAUUGAUAAAGAUAUUAAAAAAGAACUUGAGGAUUCCGCUACUGAGAAUAUAGAAGAAUUUGUAACUCAAGAUUUAAAUUUCGAUGACGAUUUUAGCAACAACACACCAACUAAUACGGAAAUUAAAAAAGAAACCAAUACCGUUCCCUCUAUUACUGAUGUAUCCGAUGAAUUUUUGAAUGAAGAAUUUGAAAUAUUCCCAUUAAAGAAAGAAUCCCCUAAAGGGGUGAAAACAUCAAAUUGGUCGGAGCAAUUCAGUGAGAAUCAUAAUGGUCCUUCUGUACAAACAGACGGACAGUUACCACUUCAGAAUAAUAGUAAUGGAGACAAAGUAUUUAAAUUCUAUUGGCUAGAUGCCUGGGAAGAUAGAUUUGUGAAGCCCGGAGUUGUUUAUCUGUUUGGUAAGACAUAUGUAAAUCCAUCAAAUAAGCAAGCAGGUUGUGUAUCGUGCUGUGUUGUGGUGAAAAAUGUUAACCGACAAAUAUUUUUGUUGCCCAGAGAAUAUAAAUUAGAUCCAGUUACAUUUGAGCAAACAGAUCAGGAGGUAUCCAUGAUGGAUAUGUACAAGGAGUUUAAUGAAUCCAUUGCAAGUGAACUCGGACUCACAGAGUUCAAGUCGCGGAAAGUUACAAAGAAUUACUGCUUCAAUCUUCCUGACAUACCAGCACAAUGUGAUUACUUGGAAGUUAAAUAUUCAGCAUCAUUCCCGCCACCAAAUACCACCAAAAAGGGAUUAACGUACAGCCAUAUAUUUGGUGCUAACACAUCUUCUUUAGAAACAUUUUUAUUGGAGAGGAAAAUUAAAGGACCUUGUUGGCUUGAAAUAAAGGAAGUGGAAAAUGUAUUAGCCAAAGUUUCCUGGUGUAAAAUGGAGGCAGCUUGUGAUAAAAUGGAAAACAUCAGUGUUAUAAGAAAUGGAAUGGAUUUGGAGCCUCCACCAAUUGUUGUUGCAACUAUACAUACAAGGAGUGCAGUUGAUCAAAAAACCAACAAGACAAAAAUAUUGAUGCUAAGUUGUCUUGUCCAUAAUAGCUUUCCAAUCCAUAAACCACCACCAAAUCCACCAUUUCAUCAACAUUUUUGUGUUAUGACAAAGUGCAAUGAACUAUGGCCAUUAGAUAUCAAACAGGCUCUAUCCCAAUACAAUGCUACAAAACUUACUAAGUGCGAUACUGAGAGAGAACUGCUUAAUUAUUUUAUGGUGCAAUUUUGGAAAUUAGAUCCAGAUCUGGUAGUGGGACAUGACAUGCAAGGUUUCCAACAAGACUUAUUGAUAGGAAACAUUCUGGAUUUACGUAUUCCUAAUUGGUCCCGUCUGGGCCGACUCAAGCGAUCCGUCGCUCCUCAAAAGAAAUUUGCAACGAAAGAUGCUUUCCUCGGCAGAUUAGUCUGCGACAUUAAACUUUCAUCAAUGGAACUCAUCCGUUCGAGAAGUUUCGAUCUGGAUACACUGUGUGUCAGUGUGCUCAAGAUGAAAGAGGGAGAGCGAGUCGAGGUGGCGCUCGAAGAUGUACCUCGAUAUUACGAAAGUAGCCACGACUUGCUCGAGCUGGUCAAACUGAAUAUGCAAGACGCCUCUUACAUACUAAAGAUGAUGUGUGAACUCAAUGUUAUACCGCUCGCUUUACAAAUCACACAAAUCGCGGGCAACAUUAUGUCUCGAACCUUAAUGGGCGGUAGAUCGGAGCGGAACGAAUUUUUACUACUCCAUGCUUUUACAGAGAAAGAUUUUAUUGUACCCGAUAAAGUAUACGGCAAAAAAGCGACUGCCAAUGAUGGAGAUAAUGAUGAAAAUGAAGAUGGCACUGUGUCAAAGAAACAAGGCAAGAAGAAAGCCGCAUACUCUGGAGGCUUGGUGUUAGACCCUAAAAAGGGAUUUUACGAUAAACUUGUCCUACUGAUGGAUUUCAAUUCUUUAUAUCCUAGUAUUAUACAAGAAUAUAACAUUUGCUUCACUACCAUUAAAAGAAAACUUUCCACUGGUUCAGAUGACGACUUGAACAACUUAGUUUUGCCCGGUCCAAAGACCGAGUUCGGUGUGCUGCCGACGCAAAUUAGGAAACUCGUAGAGAGCAGGAGAGAAGUUAAAAAAUUAAUGAAAUCACCUGAUUUACUACCCGAACAAUACAUGCAGUAUAAUAUUAGACAAACUGCUUUAAAGCUCACUGCUAACUCUAUGUAUGGAUGUCUGGGUUUUACCCACUCACGGUUUUAUGCUAAGCCUCUUGCGGCGUUAGUUACUAUGAAAGGAAGAGAAAUUCUUAUGGAUACCAAAGAAAUUGUCCAAAAACAAAAUUAUGAAGUGGUAUAUGGUGACACUGACAGUCUGAUGAUUAAUACCAACUGCUUGGACUAUGAUUACGUUUUCAAAAUCGGUAAUGACCUAAAGAAAGAAAUUAAUAAAAAAUACAGGCAAAUCGAACUAGAUAUUGAUGGAGUUUUUAAAUAUUUGCUUUUGCUCAAGAAGAAGAAAUACGCUGCCGUUGUUAUAAGCAAGAAUAAAAAUGGUGAAUUUGUUUUAACUCAGGAACACAAAGGUUUAGAUAUAGUACGUCGGGACUGGUCUCAACUGGCGGCAGAGGCGGGUAAAUUUAUUUUAAGCCAAAUAUUAUCGGAACAGGCCCCGGACGAUAGAUUAGAAAAUAUACAAAUGCACCUGAAUAAACUGAAAGAAGAUUUAUUGAGUAACCAGAUGCCGCUGUCUUUGCUGACUAUAACUAAACAACUUACAAAGAAUCCCAAUGAAUAUCCAGAUAAAAACACCCAACCGCAUGUGCAAGUAGCUCUAAGGCUUAAUGCAAAAAAUAGCAGACGAUUCAAAAAAGGUGACAUUGUGCCAUACGUGAUUUGUGAAGAUGGUACGGCCAACUCGGCUACGCAGAGAGCUUAUCAUAUUGAAGAAUUAAAAAAUUCUGAACAUCUUAAGAUCGACUAUAGAUACUAUUUGGCGCAUCAACUUCAUCCCGUCAUAUCUAGAAUUUGUGAGCCAAUCGAAGGCAUGGACCCGGCUCGCGUUGCCGACUGCCUCGGCUUAGACCCAUCAGGCUAUAGACAAUUUAACAGAAAAGAAAAUACCAACUCAGAGACAUAUGAAGUCGAGAAUGAACACGAGAAAUAUAGGCAAUGCAAAGAUUUUACAUUUGUUUGCGUAAAUGAAAAUUGUAAAACUGAGAACAAAAUACGUGAAACCUGUGUGAAGUUAGAUAAAGACAGCCUUAUAUUCUUAGAAAAAUGUCAAAAUCUCAAGUGCAAUUUGAAACCAGUUGAUUAUUUGGCGUGCAUUCAAAAUCAACUGGCGAUGCAAAUCCGGCAGUACCAUGCUCAGUAUUACGCUGGUUGGCUAUCUUGCGAAGACCCUGCUUGUGGUUACCGCACUGCGAGACUGCCCCAAACAUUCAUAGGUGGAUACCCUUUAUGUAGACAGUGCGAGAAAGGAGUCAUGUUCAGAGAGUAUACUGAAAAAGACCUUCAUCUUCAAAUAAGUUUCUUUUCAUACCUAUUCGACCUGAGUAAACAUAUGUCUGCAAAAACGAAAACAUCGACUCAGAUAAUGUCAGCGCUACAAGUACUGAAAGAAGCCGUAGAAGAUUAUUUAGCCCAUUCAGCGUAUUCUAUUAUAAGUUUGUCGAAAUUAUUCCGAUUUUUCGCCAUUGAUAGAAAAGGUGGUAAUAAAAUGACAUGCGAUCCUUUAGAAUUAGACAUAUUGCCUGAAAAUGAGCACAUAGAUGCCUUAAUGGAGAUGGGUGAAUAUUAAAGUAUUGUUGAUGUAUUA